AUGCUGAAUCGGCUGAUCCUCGAGAAGAUAAUUCCUUAUCCACCUACGCUUACACCCACGAGAGUCAAAAUGACAGCUGAGGAGCCGCCACCAAGCUUCAAACCCAACAGAGUAGCCGUCAUUGGCUGUGGUAAACUUGGCCGUCGGAUUGCUCUGUCCUGGUCCCGUGGUGGAGUUUCUGUCAGGAUAUGUGACACUGAACCAGAACGCGCUGUCGAAGCUUUGAACUGGGUGCAAGAAACUUUGGGAAAUUCCCCAUCCGUAUCCAAAGAAAACGCAGGACAUGUGGAGAUUGCAUCCACACUGGCCGACGCGGUGCAAGAUGCGUGGAUGGUGAUCGAGUCGGUCCCCGAACAGAUCGCUCUCAAGACGAACGUCUUGGGCGAGAUUGAUAAGCUCACACAUCAGAUGACGAUCAUUGCUACGAACUCCUCCUCGAUCCGAAGCAGCAGGUUGGUCUCUAGGCUGAGUGAUGAAAGAAAAUGCCGGUUUCUCAACACUCAUUACUGCCGUCCGCCAGAGGUACCGAUCGUGGAGAUCAUGGCAUGCGGCCGGACAAGUGCAGCAGUGAUCAAGGAGACCGCUUCACAAUUGGAGUCUAUUAGACUAGAGCCCUUGAUCGUCGAACGAGAAUCGACGGGAUUUGUGGCAAAUCGCAUCUGGGCGGCGAUUAAGCGCGAGGUCAUGUUCAUGCUGGCCGAGAGAGUGGGCAAGGCAGAGGACAUUGAUCGCGUUUUCAAGGCCAAUCUGCACGCUGCGUGGGGGCCAUGCGAGCUCAUGGACAUGGUCGGUCUGCAGACAGUGUGCGACAUCGAAGACGUCUAUAUCGAAGAACGCAACGUGCCUGCCUACGGGGUCGAAUUCAUCCGCCAGAACUAUGUGACAAGAGGGUAUAUGGGCCGGGAUGCAGGCCGAGGAUUGAUGGAAUAUCCUUUGAAACCCCAACCCGCAUCCAUUCGAGACCAAUUACUUGGGAGUUGGGAUCUUAUGGAAUUUACCGCCAUGGACACCGACGGAAACCAGCAGCACCCAUUUGGACACAGCAUCCAAGGACGACUCAUAUACUCCGCGGAUGGGUACGUUUCCGCGACUCUACAACUGCCAGGGCAAGAGCCGUUUGGAGGACGAGAUCCACGGGCUGGAACUGAGAGUGAGCUGGCAGAAGCUUCAAGAAGAUACAUGGGGUAUAAUGGAACUUUCUCCACGGAGGAGAAUACCUCUACGCCUGCGGUCAUUCAUAGAGUGCAGUAUUGCAACCUCCCCAAACUCCGGGGACAGGCUGUGCGGCGAUUCAUAGACCUCAAGACUGUGGGCUGCUAUAGGCUGCUGACGCUUACUUGCGAAGAAGCCGCGCCGAGUCUUGAAGGGGGUCGAGAGACUUUGCGGUGGCGCAAGGCGACUCAGGAGAAGACUUCAUAA